GUGGGCUCUAACAAUCGCAGCUGCACAAACAGUAGGUCGUGUUCUGGGUGAUCACAAGUAAGGACUGAAGCCAGGGCAGCUUGGCCACUUUGAAGGGGGACACGACACCAAGACUGUCAGUUUCAUCGUAAAAGAGCACGUAGGCAGUGAAGGUGUACAAUAUGUUCGACUGCUACGGACUCGUGAAUCGAGCUGCAAAUAAGCCAGUUCCUCUGAAGAGUAUUUCAGUCGAUGUGGAAUUUAAAGGCUUUGUUGCAGAUGUUGUAUCAACACUGGUGUACAAGAAUGAGGAAGAAAAUCCAAUCGAAACGUUGUUUGCUUUUCCAAUGGAUAGUGAUGCUGCCGUGUACAAGUUCGAAGCCACUGUAGAUGGCAAAACAAUUGUGGCAGAAGUUAAGGAGAAGCAGGAGGCUCGGGACACUUAUGAUGAUGCUAUUAGCAGUGGGCAAGAAGCUUUCCUGCUGGAGCAGGAUGAAAGUUCCUCAGAUGUUUUUACCUGCACUGUUGGGAACAUUCCUCCUAAACAGGAAGCUACAGUUGGUUUCGCCUUCGUUAUGGAGUUACAGCUAGAGGCAGAUGAUGCUGUUCGCUUUGUCCUGCCUGCAGUUCUCAAUCCCAGAUACACCCCAGCAGAUUUUGAACAUGGUCAAGUAACUCAACAAGUGCCAAGAGUUCCAGUGAGUGAAGUACCAUAUACAUUGGAGCUGAAUGCCAGUAUUCAGUAUCCAUAUGGGAUAAUUAAAGUGGACUCCAACUCCACCAUCACCCCUCUGCAAUACCUUACAUCAGAUAAGACUUCAGCCAAGCUCUCAUUGGACCAUGGACACCAGUUUAACAAAGAUGUGGAACUCUUGAUUUACUACAGUGAUGUACACAAACCAAGCAUUUGUCUGGAGUCAGGGAUUGAGACGGCAAAAACAGGCACAUUGAUGGGAGAUGCUGUACUGAUGCUGAAUUUCUGCCCAAGCUUCCCAGAAAACACUUCUCAGUCCAACAAGGGGGAAUUCAUCUUUCUUGUUGACCGUUCUGGUAGUAUGGGUUCUCCAAUGAGUAAAGAGUCAAAAUCCCCACAGCGGAUCAGCAGUGCUAAGGAAACUUUACUCUUUCUCUUGAAGAGUCUGCCACUUGGCUGCUAUUUCAACAUCUAUGGAUUUGGUUCCUAUUUUAAGUCUUUCUUUCCGGAAAGUAACAGGUAUACCCAGGAUUCCAUGGAGAAGGCCCUAAAGGAGGUUGAAUCAAUGGAUGCCAGUUUUGGUGGCACUGAAAUCCUUCAGCCUCUUGAAGAUAUAUACAAGAAGGCCUGUAUACCUGGAUAUCCUAGGCAGCUGUUUGUUUUCACUGACGGUGAAGUUGGCAACACAAUACAAGUUAUUUCAUUGGUGAAGAGAAAUGCUGGUACACACAGGUAUGCUGUUACAUCUCCAGUUUAUGUAACCAUGUAG